AUGGUGAUAAUGGUUCAGCAAGCAUUGCAAGGAAGCAAUGUAAACAACAAUGGUGCUAAUGCUAUAAAUCCCGCAGUUCCAGUCAACCCAGAUAUUAAAGUUUGUAUAACAGCUCUUCAAAAAGCAGACAUUAUCAACCCAGAUAUUAUUAUUCUUGGCGGUCGGUGAGGCCAAGGAAAGAAAAAUGUUUUGAAUACCGUUGAAAAAUACAACAUAGUAGAAGGCAAGUCAACUCAGCUGCCCCCAAUGAAUCUCCCACGAACAAUCCCAGCAUCAUGUGUUUACAAAGGUAACGUAAUCGUUGCCGGAGGUUUCGAUGGUCAAGCUGGUACUGACUCGAUCGAGAUUUUAAAGAUAAACCGGCAUCCUUUGCGAUGGACGAUGUUUGAUGGUAAACUGCCUGUCAAGUUAGCUGGUCAUGACGCCACAGUUUACCAAGAUAAAUUAUAUAUCAUAGAAGGACAUAACUGGAAUGAAAAGAAAACAUCCGAUGCCCCAACUAUCCAUUGCCCCGCCUUAUCCUGUCAAGCUUCUUGCAAGAAUGCCUCAGCCAAAGAGAAAUCACAGAGCGGAGAUUGUUAA